UGGCUAUCGGAGAGGAGCGGGUUCCGAGCAGCUCCCCUGAAGAGUGAGAGCUGCAUUGGCUUGUCGGCAGGUUCUUAACGUGAUUACUGCUGUUGGGGUGUGCGCAUACAAGUAUACCAGGGUGGUAGUCAGGACAACCUGCCGGAGUCAGUUCUCCGCUUCUACCGUGUGGGUCCCAGAGAGCAAAUCAGGCUCGGGUUGUCAAGGUCGUUAGGCACCUUUGCUCCAGCUCCUACGCUGGAGCUCGACAGCCAACCUUGCAUCACUUUUAAGGGCUUGUUAAGACGCACAGCCGGGCGGCAAUGGCGCACACCUGUUAUUGCAGCGCUCAGGAGGCAGAGGCAGGUGGAUCUCCAGCCUGGCCUAUGGAGCUAGUUCUAGGACAGCCAGGGCUACACAGUGAAAUCCUGCCUGGGGCAGGGGGAGGAGGGUGGGAAAAAAGGAAAGGAAGAAAGGGAGGGAGGGAGGAAGAAAGGAAAGGAAGAAAGGGAGGGAGGGAGGAAGAAAGGAAGGGAAGAAGGAAGGAAAGGAAGGAAGGAAGGAAGGAAGAAAGGAAGGAAGGAAGGAAGGAAGGAAGGAAGGAAGGAAGGAAGGGAGGAAGAAUGGUUAUGAAACAAAAAGAGAGGGCCUGGGUGGGCAGAGGCCUGGGCAACUUCUUCUCUCAGGUGGGAUUUUUCGUCAGGGUCGUCGUGGGAGCUCCAGGGGAGGGGAACAGCACAGGGAGCCUCCACCACUGCCUUCCAAGCAGUGGUUCCUGCCAACCGGUCAGCCUGUACGGUUCAAACUUUACCUCCAAGUACUUGGGAAUGACCCUGGUGACAGAUGCCGCCAAGGGAAGCCUUUUGGCCUGUGAUCCCGGGCUGUCUCGGACGUGUGAUCAGAACACCUACCUCAGCGGCCUGUGCUACCUCUUUCCCCACGGUCUGGAGGGACAGAUGAUACAAAGUCGUCCUGCUUAUCAGGAGUGCAUGAAGGGCAAGGUGGACCUGGUGUUUCUGUUCGACGGUUCGAUGAGCCUGCAGAAAAAGGACUUUGAAAAAGUCCUGGAAUUCAUGAGGGACGUGAUGAGGAAACUCAGCAACACUUCCUACCAGUUUGCUGCUGUUCAGUUCUCCUCAUUGUACAGAACGGAGUUCACCUUCUCAGACUAUGUCAAACAGAAGGAGAACCCUGAUGCUCUGCUAGACAACGUGAAGCACAUGCGAGAUCUGACCAACACCUUUGGCGCCAUCAACUACGUAGCGAAACAGGUGUUCAAAGAAGAGGCUGGGGCCAGGCCAGAUGCUACCAAGGUGCUCGUCAUCAUUACAGACGGGGAUGCCACUGACAGUGGAAACAUUGAUGCAGCCCAAGGCAUUACCCGCUACAUCAUCGGGGUUGGGAGGCAUUUUAGCAGCACAAAUAGCCAGAAGACCCUCCAUAUAUUUGCCUCAGAACCCACGGAGGAAUUUGUCAAGAUUCUGGACACCUUUGAGACGCUGAAGGAUCUAUUUACUGAUCUGCAGAAGAAGAUUUACGCGAUUGAGGGCACAAGCAGGCAGGACCAGACGUCCUUUAACAUGGAGCUCUCCUCCAGUGGGAUCAGCGCAGACCUCAGCAAGGGCCAUGCAGUUGUGGGAGCAGUAGGGGCCAGGGACUGGGCAGGGGGCUUUCUGGACCUGGAUGAAGGCCUGCAGGAUGCUGCAUUCGUUGGGAAUGAAAACCUGUCCCCAAAUGUGACAGGAAACUAUUUGGGUUACACUGUGGCCUGGCUGCCCUCCCGAAGCUCCAAGCCGCUCCUGGCUGCAGGGGCCCCACGAUACCAGCACGUGGGACAAGUGCUGCUCUUCCAAGCACCAGAGGCCGGAGGACACUGGAACCAGACCCAGAAGAUUGAGGGGACUCAGAUCGGGUCUUACUUUGGUGGGGAGCUCUGCAGCGUUGACUUGGAUCAAGAUGGCGAGGCAGAGCUGUUGCUGAUCGGGGCACCCCUGUUCUAUGGGGAGAGGAGAGGAGGCCGAGUGCUCGUUUACCAGAGAAGACAGUCACUGUUCGAAAUGGUCUCCGAGCUGCGGGGUGACUCUGGCUACCCCCUGGGGCGGUUCGGGGCUGCCAUAACCGCCUUGACAGACAUCAACGGGGACGAGCUGGCCGAUGUGGCCGUGGGAGCCCCUCUGGAGGAGCAGGGGGCCGUGUAUAUCUUCAACGGGCAGCCUGACGGGCUCAGUCUCCAGCCAAGCCAGCGAAUACGAGGCGCCCAGGUGUCCCCAGGAAUCCAGUGGUUUGGACGCUCCAUCCACGGGGUGAAGGACCUUGGAGGAGACAGGCUGGCAGAUGUGGUUGUAGGAGCUGAGGGCCAGGUCGUUGUGCUAAGCUCGAGGCCUGUGGUGGACGUCGUCACGGAGAUGUCCUUCUCCCCCGACGAGAUCCCGCUGCACGAGGUGGAGUGCUCCCACUCUGAAAGUCAGGAGCCGAGGAAAGGCGUCAGGCUCAAGGUGUGCUUCCAGAUCCGCCUCCUCACGGCCCGGUUUCAAGGUCGCCUGCUUGCCAACCUUAGCUACACCCUGCAGCUGGAUGGCCAUCGGACAAGGAGCCGCGGUCUGUUCCCAGGAGGAAGCCACGUGCUCAAUGACAAGACGUCGGUCACCCCGGAUAAAUCCUGCCUGGAUUUCAGGUUUUCCUUCCCAAUCUGCAUUCAAGACCUCAUCUCCCCCAUCAACGUCUCUCUGAAUUUCUCUCUCUUGGAGGAAGAAGGAACACCGAGGGACCAACAGGUGGUCAGGGACAUGCAGCCGAUCCUGAGACCAUCCAUCCAUUCCAUGACUAAGGAGGUCCCUUUUGAGAAGAACUGUGGCGAGGACAAGAAGUGUGAGGCAAACCUCGCCCUGUCACCCCCGGCCAGCCCAGGAGUCCUGCAGCUGACGCCCUCUGCCAGCCUUGCUGUGGAGUGGACACUCAGGAACUCGGGAGAAGACGCUUACUGGGUGCAGCUGAGCUUGCUCUUCCCUUGGGGACUGUCCUUCCGCAAAGUGGAGGUGCUUAAGCCACACAGCCAAAUCCCUGUGAGCUGCAAGGAGCUCAUCGAUGAGUCAAAUCUCCUGACCAAGACGCUGGCGUGCAAUGUGAGCUCUCCCAUCUUCAAAGGAGGCCGGCAGGUCAGCCUCCAGGUGAUGUUUAGCACGCUGCUCAACGGCUCCUGGGGAGACUUCGCCGAGCUGAACGGCACCGUGCGCUGUGAGAAUGAGGACCAAGGCCUCCUGGGGGACAACGCAGCCACCACCCGCAUCCCUGUGAUGUACCCGGUCAACAUCUUCACUGAGGACCAGGGGAACUCCACACUAUAUAUCAGCUUCACCCCUAAAGGUCCCAAGACCCAGCAGGUCCAGCAUAUCUACCAGGUGAGGAUUCAGCCUUCUGCCUAUGACCACAACCCGCCCAUGCUGGAGGCCGUGGCUGGCCUGCCGCAGCCUCUCAGUGAGGGCCCCAUCGCACACACGUGGACUGUACAGACGGACCCUCCUGUCGCUUGCCACCGUGAAGACCUGAAGACGCCACCCAGCGAAGCUGAGCCUUGUCUGCCUGGCAUCCAGUUCCGCUGCCCAAUUGUCUUCAGGCGAGAGACCCUCAUCCGAGUGAACGGGACUGUGGAACUCUCCAAGGAAAUCAAGGCCUCCUCCACGAUCAGCCUCUGCAGCUCGCUCUCCAUCUCCUUCAACAGCAGCAAGCAUUUCCAUUUGUAUGGCAGCAAAGGCUCCAAGGCCCAGGUCCUCAUGAAGGUUGAUCUGGUCUAUGAGAAGGAUAUGCUUCACCUGUAUGUGCUCAGUGGCAUUGGGGGUUUACUGCUAUUGCUGGUGAUUUUCUUCGUGCUCUAUAAGGUUGGCUUCUUCAAACGGAACCUGAAGGAGAAGAUGGAGGCUGAUGGAGGUGUUCCAAAUGGAAGGCUUGGUGAAGACAGCAACCCUCUGGCAGUAUCUGAGGAAGAGACCAAAAAUCUGGGGUGUCUAGAGCCCCUUCAGGACAGUGAACAGAAUUGAGGCUUAAGCCUGAUACACUGAAGCCCAGGUGCUAACCAGCUUCAGGUGCAUGUCACUCUCUCCUUGUCUUGUGGCUGUUCCUGGAUCUCAGUUUCCCUGUCUUGCUCGUAGAGCUCAUUCCUACAGUAUCUACAGGGCCUUGGUAAGUCGGCUGAGGGAGGCCAGGAGGGCCGUCGGUGAAGCCUGGCUUCUGCUAGCCUUCCCUGUCGGCCCCAACAAGAGAAUCUUUGAAGUAAACUUGGAGAAACUGUCAUCUUAGGACCCAGUAAUGCUCCAGCCCUCCCAACUGCCCUUGGCAGUCCCAGCCUUCCGGAUCCGCCCAACACUUUCUCCAGCCUGGAGUCUAGCCCAGACUCUGCCACCAGACAGCAAAUCCCACCUGUGUCACCGCAUCGCUACUGCAGAUGCCCUCUUCUUGAGUCAAAGACAGCAUUCCUUGAGGAGCCUCAGAAGGCCUUAGAGAGUCAGGCCCCAGUGGCCUUCCCAGCCUCCUCAGGAGCUGGCCACCUCUCCUCUCCCCUGCCUCUCCUUCCCAGGCUGCAGGCACUCCGGCCUUUCUCAGGGUCAUUCUCCUUCCUGUGUUGCAGCACCCGAUCUGACAUUCUCUUCCCCCUGGAACAUUUCUGCCUCCUCCUGUCCUGGAUGAGGGAGGUUUCACACUGUGCGCCUAUCAACAGCCUGUUCUCGACUCUCUGCCUGCCGGGUUGUGUAUGUUCUCUGUCUGAUGGUUUAUUUGAUUUCUACCUCUCGGUGAGCUCCUCGGGGUUACGGAAUGUAUCCUGUUCACCUUGGGAAUCUCUGGUGACAUCACAGGGUAGGGAGGGUCAUGGCAGGUGCUUGAUAUAGUUUCAUUGACUUGAUGACAGGGGCAGCGGGAAGGUAGAGAGAUGACACGAUGAGCCGCUGGCAUUGCAUCUUUCAAGGCUCUGCCCUGCCAGGCUCCAUCACACCCUGUUCAGCCCCCCAACCCCAGCUCCCAUUCAGGAACCCCAAUACAAA